GAAGUGGGUAACUGCAAGACGAAUCCACCUUGAAAAGCGUAAAAUUCGGAAACCUUAAACUCAUCAAAACCGAACCAAAUGACGAUCAUCCUAUUUCCACAAACCCUCCUGCGUGCAUAGUUCCUAGGUUCCAAUUUUCAAUUUAGGGUUCCCUAUAAAUUGUUUUGGUGAAUUUGGCUAGUGGGCAGAGAGAAAGCAUGGGCGGGGUGGUAAGGAGCUGCGUACAAUCAAUCCUCAAGUUGGUGAACUCGGUGAUUGGGAUGGUUGGGUUGGCCAUGAUCAUGUACUCCUUGUGGUUGAUUAGGUCCUGGCAAAGGAACAUGGGUCACUUGUCAUUUGAUCAUUCUCAUCAUCAUCCAAUACCUUGGUUUAUAUACUCUAUUCUUGGCCUUGGGAUCACCCUGUGUGUGAUCACAUGCUCAGGUCAUAUUGCUGCAGACACUGCAAAUGGUUGUUGCCUUUAUUCGUACAUGGUGUUUGUCUUCUUACUCCUCAUGCUUGAAGCUGGAGUGGCAGCUGACAUAUUUCUAAACCAUGACUGGGAAGAGGACUUUCCAGAUGAUCCAACUGGGAGAUUUGAUCAAUUCAAAGAAUUUGUGAGGUUGAACUUUGAUAUCUGCAAAUGGAUUGGCUUGUCAAUUGUGUGUGUGCAGGGACUGUCUUUGUUAUUGGCAAUGAUACUCAAAGCUCUUGGGCCACAUCAGUAUUAUGAUAGUGAUGAUGAGUACGUUACUGAGAGAGUUCCGCUCCUGAAGAAUGCUGUUCUCCCACCUCCUUAUGUCAUUGGUGACCCUGUAUAUGGGUCCAAAAACGAUGCAUGGAACAUAAGGAUCAAUGACAAGGCAACCAGGUAAAUCUUUGCAUUUGGAACCUGUUGUGGAUGGAUGUGCAGAGGCGCAAUAAGAGGGUUGUCAUCGGAUAUCUGUUGGCUGAUUGAGCAUUGAAGGUUUACGUUCAUACACUUCGAAAAGACAGAGGGUGGAAUUAGGAAUAGAAACAUGUACAUACCUUACACUCUCUUACCAUAUACCUGAACCUCAUGAAAUUGACAUUAAAUCAUCGUUGCAUUUGUGCUUUAGAAUGUUAGCGAUGCAUAAUACAUUGAUUAUUUUACUUGAAACCUCUAUUCAAUUAUUUUGUCAACUUA